CCCCCAGGAUGACUGUUAAACAAGUCUGUGGCAUUUACUUACAGUUUUGUGGCAGUGAGAGGACAGGAAAUUUGGUAAAGUUUACCUAAUCUUCCUAUUCCUGGUUCUCUACAUAAUUGUAUAUUAUCUGAGUUGCCUGCCUCCGAGGUCUCUGGGGAUCCAGACAGAAUCUUCAGCUGCCUCCCCAGUCUGUUUCUCUUCAUAAAAUUACCAAAUGUUUCUAAUAAUCAAAAUGGUAUAUUUAGUGCAAUAUUUGAAUUGGCCUCCUCUUGAUCCUUGUGGGAGUUAACAAUGGAUGACACUCUGGUGUAUCAGCUUCAGGUUUUGUUAAAGGAACAGAAUCCCAUGCAUACAGACGGCACCUUCUUCUUAAUCCUCUCUGUUAGUCUCUGUCCCAUCCUAAGACAGUGUCUGUCACUGGUGAUGCUCCUCCUGCUGGUCUAGAAAACACACAUGUGAUUGUGUUGUCACUCCACCUUCUCCAUCAGAUUCAUCGACAACAUGGGACCCAGCAACAAAACAGCAGUUUCCGAAUUCCUUCUUAUGCAAGUGACAGAGGAUCCAGAACUGAAGCCCUUUCUCUUUAUUCUGUUUCUGUCCAUAUACCUGGUCACCAUCCUGGGAAACCUGCUCAUCGUCCUGGCCGUCAGCUCGGACUCCCACCUCCACACCCCCAUGUACUUCUUCCUCUCCAACCUGUCCUUUACUGACAUCUGUUUAAGCACAACCACGAUCCCAAAGAUGCUGGUGAACAUCCAGGCACAGAGUCAGAGCAUCACUUAUGCAGGCUGCCUCACCCAGAUCUACUUUGUCCUGGCUUUUGGUGGUUUGGAAAGUUUUCUUCUUGCGGCAAUGGCCUAUGAUCGCUAUGUGGCCAUUUGUCACCCACUGAGGUACACAGUCAUCAUGAACUCCCACUUCUGUGGCCUGCUGAUUCUAGUCUCCUUGUGCAUUAGCACUGUGGAUGCCCUGAUGCACAGUCUGAUGGUGUUGCAGCUGACCUUCUGCACAGACGUCGAAAUCCCUCUCUUCUUCUGUGAAGUUGUUCAGGUCAUCAAGCUCGCCUGUUCUGACACCCUCGUCAAUAACAUCCUGAUAUAUUUUGCAGCUAGCCUAUUCGGUGGUAUCCCUGUGUGUGGAAUCAUUUUCUCUUACACUCAGAUAGUGUCCUCUGUUUUGAGGAUGCCAUCCGUGGGCAGAAAGUAUAAAGCGUUUUCUACGUGUGGGUCUCACCUGUCAGUUGUGUCUUUGUUCUAUGGGACAGGUUUGGGGGUGUACAUUAGUUCUGCUUUUACUAACUCUUCCAGAAACACUGCAGUGCUUUCAGUGAUGUACACUGUUGUCCCUCAAGUGAUGAACCCUUUCAUCUACAGCUGAGGAACAGGGAUAUGAAGGGAGCCUUGAGAAAACUCAUGGGUAAGAUACCAUUGUUUUUUCAGGAGUGUGUUGUUUAAUUUCCAUAUACUUGUUAGUUGCCAUUUGUCCUUCUUACUUAUUUCUAGCUUCACACUGUGAUGGUCAGAAAAGACACUGUAUGAUUUCAAUAUUUUAAAUUUAUUGAAACUUGCUUUGUGGCCUUGAUAUUAUCUAUCCUGGAGAAGAAUGGGUCUUGUA